AUGGAGGCAAAAUUACCAUUAAUCCGCUUCAAAAUCACAGUUGGACGUCAAGGUAAGAAAGAAUGGAACUUUCGAGGACAAAAUAUUAUACUAGAAGUAGAAAAUACCGAGAAAAAUCCACAUUUUAAAGUAAUUCAAGAUGAUACAGGAUUUUUAAUUAUUAAAUCAUUAUAUAAUGAUGUACGAGAACUAUUUUCCAAACUCAAGCAGGCUAAUAAAUCAAGUUUACAACCACCAAUUUUAGAUGUUCCAUAUAUGUUCAUAUUUUACGAUGCAGCAAAGCAAACAAUCAUUGCAAGCAAGGAUAUAAUUGGACUUUCUUCAGCUCUUUACAUAGAAUAUCCAUUUUGCAUUUCAUCCUACGGAAUUCAAGGCAAAGAAGUACCUCCAGGAGUUACAAUAUUUACUGAAAAUGGUGUUUGCACCAUUAAACCUGCUCCUUACUCAGCGCAUCGUGAUGAUCCAAGCAUCACAGUUGAUCAAGCAAUGGACAUGCUGCAAGAAGCAAUUGUCAAGGCCACAGAUCCAAACGCAACUGUUUUAUUCUCCGGUGGCCUUGAUUCUACAGUUCUUGCUGCAGCACAAGCCUUAGCUGGAGCGAAAGAAGUAAAUUUAGUCAAUUUCUGUGCUAAUGAGAACGCUCCUGAUUAUUCAUCAGCACAACAAAGUUACAAUGAUCUUGUUGCCGCUUUCCCUAACACGAAAUUCAACUUCAUUCAAGAAGUCGGAGAUCUAAACGAACUAAUAAACCUUGGUCCAUCGAUUAUACAGAAUGUCAUGCCACUGGAAACAACAGAGAUGAAUCUUAAUAUAGCGAUGACUCUCUACAAUGGCUUGAUUCGCUCUCCAACACCGACAGUUUUGUCUGGAUUAGGUCCUGACGAAUUGUUCUGCGGAUACAUGUCCAUGAAAAGCGCAGAAGACGUAGAUAAAGAAGUCUGCAUGUACAUAAAUAGAUUAUGGGAGAGAAAUGGCGGCAGAGAUGACAGGAUCGCAAAUCAAGCUGGAAAAUUCGUCAUUGCUCCUUACAUGUCAAAGGCAUUUCUUGAUGUCAGUCUAAAGAUUCCAAGAGAAUACUUGCUUAAAGCGGAACUUGGAAGGGGCCAGGGAGAGAAGUGGAUAUUGAGACAGCUCGCUGAACGUCUAGGUUUGCAUUCAGCUGCGAAAAGACCAAAACAAGCAAUGCAGUUCGGUUCUAAGGUUGCAAAAGCAAAAUGGAAUAAUAUUAACUGA